AUGAGUUUUGCAAUCAGCCGAGCUCAUUUCAGUGACGAAGAGUACGAAGCUGGCUGCUGCCAGCUAUUCGUUGAGAAUUUAGCCCAUGCAGCUCUAGGGUGGUUCUCCCGGCUCCCGCCGAACUCGAUAGGGAGCUAUCACGAGCUUAUCACCGCCUUUCUCCAACAUCACUCUACAUUCAUGAUUCGAGGCGCGUCGAACGCCAAUCUCUGGAACAUGUUCCAGCGUAACGAUGAAUCUCUCCGAGACUUCAUAUACAUAGAGUUAGACGAAGAGAAGGCAUCGAGGACAAACCGUCCAGAACCCCCGGCCCCCAAAUCGUCCAAAGGAAAAGAGAAGGCACAAGACGAGCAUCACGAGCCUCGUCAACACUUUGACAAAGAAUACGCCGAUAAGUUGGACAAAGGAAAGAAAGUCCAAACGUUUGCAGUUAGUAAUCAAGAUCCCAAGGCAUCUUCAUCAAGGCCCUGGAAUAACAAGUGGGUCCGAGACCCAUCAGGAAAGGGUGGCAACAAAUAUUGCGAAUACCACAAGCGAGCAGGACACUCAACAGAAGAGUGCCACACCCUCCAACAAAUAUUGCUCGACAAAUUUAAAGAGGGCCAAAUUGACGUCGAUCUCGAGCGACGACAAAUAGCCGUUCACAGGGAUAACCAUUUCUUCAAUCCUGAGAACGAAAACCCAAGCAAGCAAUAUAACACCGUCCCCGCGCCACAACCGAGACCUGAAACUCUACCUCCGCCCCCACCAACCCAUAAAAGGAACCCCGAGCAAACUGAGGAUGCAAACGCUCCGGCUCCACGCCGAAGAAUAAACAUGAUCAUGGGUGGUCUGGCGACUUGCCGCGACUCGGUCCGUUCUAUCAAAGCUUAUCGACGGGGACUAGAGGCCAAGCGAGGAUGGUUAGUUCAAAGCACACCACCUACUAAGAACUCCGAUCCAAUCGUUUUCACAGAAGUCGAUGCAUCAGGUCUAACUGGACCUCAUAACGACCCACUGGUGGUCGAGAUGGAGAUCGGCGAAAGCAUGGUUACCAAAAUCUUGAUCGACACAGGUAGUUCGGUAAACGUCAUUUUCAAAGACGUGCUCAUUCAAAUGGAAAUCGACUUGCGGACCACCGAGCACGAUGUUCAACCUCUCAUUGGAUUUGACGGUGACACGGUGAUGACGGAAGGUACGAUCAUGCUACCAGUCUAUGUGGGCGGGACGAUGCAUUGCAUCAACUUUGCUAUCGUCGAUAAGUCGAUCGUAUACAACGUCAUCCUCGGCACUCCUUGGCUGCAUAAGAUGAAGGCCGUGGCGUGA